AUGGACUCACAACGUUCGCUGUCUCAUGGCGGGUAUGAGGCGAAUGGGAGCCAUGCAGCGGGUGGCACUCUUUCUCGUAUCUCGACAACUUCAGCACCGGAGUACAAAGUAUACAAGCGCCGUUUCUUUGGGCUUUCGCAGCUGGUUCUCUUGAACAUUGUUGUGUCAUGGGACUGGAUCGCGUUCGCGCCGGUGUCGUCCACGUCAGCGAGAUAUUUUGAUACAAGCGAGAGCAACAUCAACUGGGUAUCAACAGCUUUCCUGUUCGCGUUCUGCGUAACGACGCCGGCGACAUUCCUCGUGUUGCACAAAUACGGCCCCAGAGUCGCCAUCAUCAUUGCUGCCGCGCUCAUUCUGGCUGGAAACUGGAUCAAGUAUGGAGCCACCCGCGCCAACAACUUCGCCGGUGUCAUGGUUGGGCAGCUGGUGAUAGGAUUCGCACAGCCCUUCGUCCUGUCCUCACCUACCAGCUACAGCAACUUGUGGUUCAGUCCACAGGGUCGCACCACUGCCACUGCCGUGGCGUCGCUAGCCAACCCGUUUGGCGCCGCGUUGGGCCAGCUCAUCUCACCGUUCUGGGCCGACCAACCGCACGAAAUCCCCAAUAUGAUUUUAUAUAUCGCCAUCAUCUCAUCCGUGGCCUGCGUCCCGGCGUUUUUCAUCCCAGCGAAACCGCCGACGCCUCCUUCAGCUGGGUCUGUACCAGAUCACAUGGACCGCACGUCGUUGAAGCAUGACUUACAUGCGCUGUCGCGCUCGAUCGAAUUCUAUCUCAUAUUUGUCCCGUAUGCCGUGUAUGUGGGGUUCUUCAACGCAUUCUCCAGUUUGAUCAAUCAAAUCUUGGAACCCUACGGCUUCAGCGAGACAGAUGCAGGGAUUGCCGGCGCUGUCUUGAUCGUUGUCGGCCUGGUUAGUGCGGCUAUUUCUUCUCCCAUCAUGGAUCGAUAUAAGUUCUACCUAGCUUAUAUCAAGGUGGCGGUCCCGUUCAUUGCCAUCUCGUAUCUCAUCUUCACCUGGGCUCCGCAGACACGCUCCCUGGCAUAUGUCGACGUCGUCUGCGCCGUUCUUGGGGCCGCCAGCUUCGGCCUUGUUCCGGUCGCUCUCGAGUUUCUGGUGGAAAUCCACUACCCACUCGGUCCAGAGCUGGGCAGCACCUUGUGCUGGUGUGGAGGGCAAAUAUUGGGCGGCAUCUUCAUCGUUGUCAUGGACGCACUCAAAGCUUCUGGUGAUGCGAGCCCUCCAGCCAACAUGAAGAGGGCCCUCAUCUUUCAGGCCGUCCUGGCCGUCGCUGUCAUGCCGGCCGCCAUGUGUCUCGGUUGGUUUGGCCGACAGUUACAUGUUAAACGACGCAGGUUCGAGGUCGACCAGAAUGGGCUUGAGCAUGUCAUUAGUGUUGACGUAGACGCUGGCCGGCAGUUGCUGGGCGGCUCCCAUGCUGGAAGGGCCGAUUGA